GUGAUGUGAUAGCUUGGGUGGCCAUUUUCGUUACCCACGUGAUGGAAGUUUUGUGAGUGCCAGGUUUAAGUAUCAUGGCAAACGAGCCUGGACAUGUUGUCGUUCGCUGCACUCAGUGCUGUCAUGUCUUCUGCAAGCCGAAGCUGUUGCCGUGCCUGCACACCUUCUGCGAAACGUGCAUCUUCAAGGUACAGGAGGGGACGGAGAAUGAGAAGGGCAAGGUGUUCUCUUGUCCCGUGGAGACUUGUAAGGAGGAGGUUGCCAAGGGUGAGGAUGACCUGCCAGACAAUAUCCUUGUUGCAAACAUCAUCAAUGCGAAGUCAGUAGCCUGUGCUGCAAAGGGUACUGUCAAGUGCACCAGCUGUGACAACCUGCUAGAGGCCUCACACCGCUGUUUGGACUGCCAGAGGUUCCUCUGUGUCAACUGUCAUGCUGCUCACAAGCACAUGCAGAUUUUCCGCAGGCACAGAAUGCAAGACAUUUCUGAGUUCUUCUGCCAACAACAGGCUCAGAAGAGGCCAUUGUACUGCACUAAACACCAGGGGGAGAUCCUGGAACUUUUCUGUGAGACCUCAGGGAUGUUGUGCUGUAGCAAAUGUGUAGAGGAGAACACAACAAUCCCUAGGAAUAACUACAAGUCCCCAGAUGAGAUAGCAGUGAGCUACAGGAAGACUCUACGCUCCAGUAUCACUGGGCUGGAAAAGAAACUAAAGAGUUUGGAGGGUGAAAGGGACAGGUUCGACAGGGCCUUGUCACUUCUUCUGGAGAAACAGAACCGGGCAGAGGCAGAAAUUGUCAGGUCUACCUCUGAGCUUAUAAGCAAGGUUGAGGAGGCUAAACAGUGUUGCCUGGCAGAGUUGUCCAGUAUUUUGACUAGAGAGAACCCUCGGCUCUGA